AUCUGACUUCUUCCAUUGUGUGUUUGUGUGCCUGCCUGCCUGCGUGCGGAGAAGGUUGAGCUAUUGCUGCUUUCGAGACAGGGAUGGAGCCGGAUCCGCUAGAAGGAGACGGCGGUUGCAGCAGCGGCGGCCCUGAGGGGGCUGUCAGCUCUCCAGCAGCGCCUGCCGGCCUCACGGCCUCCCAACGUCGAGCUGAGAUUCGCCGGAGGAAGCUGCUGAUGAACUCUGAAGAGCGGAUCAACCGGAUCAUGGGUUUCCACCGGCCGAAGGCGGAUGAUGAUGGCCAUUCAGAAUCUAAGCUUCAGCUGGAGCAAGAUAAACCAGGUCCGCUUCCUACUCCUGUUUCCAAGCGGGUUGUGCUGGGUGAUACUGUCUGCAGUUUGGCAGGGACAGCCGACCAUGCAAGCAGUGUGGCAGAGCACAAGGGAGAGAAAAAAGACUUGUUCAGCAAAACUCCUGAGGUUGGUAGUGAUGGCACCAGUGAACUCCGGCAGCGCAGUAGAGGGGACCUGAUGGAAGUUGCACAACGGGCACCUCGCCAUGGAUUAGACCAGUAUUUAUCAAGAUUUGAUGAAGCCAUGAAACUAAGAAACCAGCUGAUGAGUGAGAAGCCAAACCAGGAGAAUGGAAAUGCUGUGGAAGAAUUUGAUUCAUUCCGUAUUUUUCGAUUAGUUGGGUGUGCCCUUCUUGCCAUUGGAGUUAGAGCUUUUGUGUGCAGAUACUUGUCUAUAUUUGCACCAUUUCUUACCUUACAGCUUGCAUACAUGGGGUUGUCCAAAUAUUUUCCAAAGAGUGAAAAGAAGACGAAGACUACAGUAUUAACUGCUGCUCUUCUACUGUCUGGGAUCCCUGCGGAAGUCAUUAGUCGUUCCAUGGACACUUACAGCAAAAUGGGGGAUGUCUUUACAGACCUCUGUGUCUAUUUCUUUACCUUCAUCUUUUGCCAUGAACUGUUUGUGUUUUUUGGUGCAGAAAUGCCAUGAUAGUCAUGGAACUCCGUAUAACUUUAGCAGGACUGUGUUGGUCUUGAUUUCAUAUACGCCUUUGGAUAUAUAAACAGGGUUAACCCGUUACCCAGUUCUUAUUUGUUUCAGUGCUGCUUAAAUGCAUUUCUGAAGGGAAAGGUACAUGGCAAUCCCAAAUGUCGAACACAGAAUAUCAUUCCAAGGACAGGGCUGUUCUGUUAGCAUAUGACCUUCCUGUUGCAUACUUCACUUGAAAUUGUAAUCUGAGAUGUGUUUGGCAGAAUUUCAUUACCAAACAUUAGAAUGGCUAGAAUCCAAAUUCCCAUGAAUGGAACUCGCCCACAGGAUGCUACUGCUGAAUGAAAGGAGUGGAGGCAAUGUUUUACAAUAGUUCUUCCUCCCUGUGCCCUCUGUAAAGCUGCUCCACAGGAUUGGGGAUCCCUUUUGAACAGUAUGGGAGGUUGGAUUGGGGAGCUGCAAGGGGAAAGGGAAAAUGGAUGGAAAUAGCUUCUUUCCGUUCUUCUUCUAGUGGAACCUCCUGUAGAGCUUAACCUCUUCUGAGACUGAUUGAAGAUGGGAUGCUCUGGAUCCACCCAGAGGAACUUCCUAGGGACUGCUAUUUCAAUAUAUUAUUACCUUAAAACUCUCAAUUAGAUGUUGGAAUAUUCUGACAAAAUACUGCCAACCCCCAAGGCUUCUGUUUCUGCAACAGAAUUAGGCUUGGUUUAGCUCAUCUUACUCUCUGCCUAAUGAUGGGCAUAUUAUGUAUUUUGUAUAAUUAGGCAGGUUUGAUAUGAAAUGUGAAUGGCAGAGCUAAAACACUGAACUGUGAAAUCCCCAGUGAGCAUUCAUGAACAUUCUUUUGUCUUAGCUGGAAUCCUAAUAUUUGUGUUUACAUGAUCUAAUAUAAUACGCUGCAUUAAAAGUAAACAUUGCCGGUUAACCCCCCUCCCCCCGCUGUCUUGAGUAAUUUAACUCUAGAAGUGUCACCGUUUCUGUUCAUCCCUAUGGUGCUGUUUUGAUCUUUGUACUACAUACCAAGGCAGGCCUCUGUAAUAUUUCCUGUAUGUUCCUUCCCAAGAAUACGCACAUGUAAAGUUCAGCCUCUUUUGCCUGAACAUUCGAGAGAUCAUUAUAUUUACAAGUAAUAGGGGAGUACUGUGGUUUGAUAGAGUAGACAAACUAGUCUUCACUUCUAGUUUUAAUUUGCUGCUUAGUGUGCAUUCUGGUUUGGAUGGCACGGAAUGUUCAUUUCUCAUGGAAAUGCUGAUAUUAGAAGACAUAAUAGAAAUGAUUUCUGAGAAGUUAAUAUUUAUGUUCAUUGUCGAAGGCUCCUGUCCAUUGGUCAGUCAAGUCUCUGCUUGGCUUUCAUGGAUGGUCCUUUAUUUAUUUUUUGUUAAAAUAAAUUUGAAAAUUUGUCUUUUCAGGUUCCUUCAGCAAUUCAGCAAUCCACAAUUGCUACAUCAUAAAAGAUGGCAGGAGCUAUUACUUGAUCUUUAUUUGAAUAAAAUUGUAUAACUAGUGAAAGCGCCGUUGUAGAUAGAAUGUGGAGUCCAGACGGAGAGAAUGCCUCCUCAGGCUUUCUUUUCUCCCUUUUUCAUCCUGCUCUGUUUUCCUUUCUUCAUCUGCUCUUGAUUCAGUGCUAUGUGCGGCUGUUGCUGUCACCAGUUAAAGGGUGUCCCGAAGUGGCAGUACAGAACCUGUGGCCCAUUCACAAUUCUUACAUGUGACUUUACUUGCCUUAAGGAUUCAGCAAGAAAUUAUACUACUAUGAAAGAGUUCUCAUUAUUCUGAAGGAUUUUACUUUGGCUCUUUAGAUGUAUGGGGAUCUAAUGUCCAAAUAAGCUGUUCAAACAGUUUGUAAACCUGUUACCUUGCAGCUGUAUUCUUUGGGAAUUCCUGCAUCUCACCUGUUAAACUUUUGUUGAUUACACAGGCUAAGUCAUUUCUAUUUUUAGAGGUGCUUGUGGCUUUUGUUGGGAAACAAAAUCAGUUUUUUUUCUAAUAGCAGCUAUGACCUUGUUUCUUUAUUAGCAUUUAACUUUUCUGCCUUGUAAUUUUAACAAUGUAUUUAUUAAACUGAAUCUUGCUGUUAUAAUGAAGGGGCACAGAUACAUAGGAGACAAGGGUGAAUAGAAUUGCUUGUGGAUUUACUCACACCAUUUCCCCCUGCUCAAAGGCUUUUGCCUUUCUGUUCAGUUUAAAAUGCCACUUUAUGGGUGCAGCAUAAACAGCAAACAAACAUUUCAUGAGUUUCUGUAUUCUUUCUGCACACAUUUUCUUCCUCUUGGGAUACUAGGUUUGAUCUGUUCUACUGUGUACAGUCAUUUUUACGCUUCACUAAAAUCUCCUAAUUUAAGCAUUACAUUUUCUGUUAUCUAAAGUAAAGUAGCUUCUACCAGGUCUGACUAUCUCUGACAUACUGAAAGCUCAUUAUUUGAAACUAUGAAUGAACAUGAAAAGAUUCCGCAUUUGUUUUGCUUUUGAGUUCUUUGUGCAAUGACUGGGUUUUGCAGAUUCAUCACAGAAACCCCUAAAAUGCCCUGAGGAAUUCUUUUCGUAUUUCAGCUUCUACAGUUAAAGGUACUCUUAUUAGCCAUUGAAAUCAAGACCUUUCAAUCAGUACUUCUGAAUUUCUGUAAUUCAGAUUUGCUGUACUGAAGGUUUUAAAUGGUGACAAAACAGUAUGUAUCUAAGGUAAUUGAAUCUUUUUGAUUUCAAAAGGCAACAUUUUUAAAACAAAACUUUCCUUGGUAUGGGAAGUUAUGUAUAGGAUGAAACAACAGGUGAAUAGUCAGAAAGUGUUCUGUAUAUGUUUCUUCUUGCAAAAAUUGGGGCUUCUCUAUUCAAUAAACCUGUGAUUAUGUAUGCCCAUCAAAGGAAUUAUUUCUACAUUUAUCCUAUUAAAUCCAUUAAAGUUAUGUUUGUUGCCAUUC